CAAUUGCAACGAUUCGGCGUUUCCAAGCAUUCCGUCAUUCUCAGAACGUGCUUCAUGCUAUCACCUAAACAGCAUCGACUACCCAUAAGCCCACUCCGAGCCGACGAGCCAUAUGCAGCCGUCGAGAGAGUAGUAGACGCUAAAAACAUACAACAGGCCAAAGUGGACAAAGCUAUGCACUCACUUCACUACGGUGUGAUGCUAAACCAACUUCCAAGCAAUGGUUUCUACGGUUUACCCGCCGAAGCCCGAGCAAACGAUCAUCUUGCGUACUUUUGGCGCACUUUAUUCAGUCGCAAACGCGAUUUGAUUCCAAACGGACGCACCGCACAGAUCGCCGUGGUCGUAGAGGUUCAGCGUGUGUUCGCGCGCGCGUAUCGCUUUUUUCCGUUGGUUUUCGAUCGGCAGCGGCAAUUAAGCUUCGACCAUUCGAAAACCACCUCAACCGAAAGCAACCCAACAGCAGGCCAAUGAUGUGAAGAAGAGCAAGUUUCACGUUCAAAUUGCGAUAAGGUGUGCAAGUGAUUCGUCAGUGAUGCUGAACCAUUGAAUUAGUGUUACAUCGAUCGUAGAAUAGUUUACCACAAAAAAGGCAAAGAAGAAACAAGGAAAAUUGAUGAAAAUGUGGUUCGCCCAAAUGUCUCUGAAUAUCUUCCUGAUCCUGCUGCUGCUGAUGUGCCACGAGAACAAAUUUCACCGCUGGAAGGUGGAAGCGCAGCUCAGUGCCUUCAAGCCGACCGUCUUUGACAAUACCGAGUGGCGGUUGUUCUUCCACCUGUACAGGAACAUCACCAUGAUGAUGGCCGGUCGUACAGGACUCAAAACGCGGGGAAAUUUUCUGCAAACUCCAGUUCCGGAAAGUGCCCCGUUUCCCUGUGAUACUGCGGUAGGAAGGAGCCGCGAGCCGCCAUCCAGUGUGCACAAGCUGAGACCAGGAGAUGUCAACGUGAUUGCCGCAAUCGGAGAUUCGGUAAUCACGGCCAGUGGGGCCUCGGCCACUAGUUUUUUAGAGCUAUACACCGAGAACCGAGGCCUGUCCUGGUGCAUCGGUGGUCAGUGGAACUGGCGUAACGCCACAACGCUUCCUAACAUUUUAAAAGUUUAUAAUCCUAAGUUAGUAGGUUAUUCAUACCGCGACUCGUACAGUUUCCACUGGGACUCGCAGUUCAACAAUGCAGAAAUCGGUGCCAUCUCCAAAGAGCUUCCUCACAUGGCGCGUCAAAUGGUGACGCGAAUCAAGUCCGAUCGGCGGGUCAACUUCAAAAAAGAUUGGAAAAUUCUCACCUUGACCAUCGGCGGAAACGACAUCUGCGCCUAUGUGUGCACGAUGAAGAAUCCGGAGUCGUUGCCGAUGAAACAUCGCCGGAACCUGUUGGCGACUCUGCGCUAUCUGAGGGACAACUUGCCGCGAACGUUUGUCAAUAUUGUUUCCAUGCCGGACGUGGAAAAAGUUGCAUCACUCGCUGGCAAGCCAGCCAUCUGUUGGAUACUGCACCACGGCGAGUGUCCCUGCUGGGUUGGACCCAUUCACAAUUCUACGGAAUCUUCUAGAUCCAGGUGGGCUCGCAUUCAAAAACAGUACAAAAAGGUCGAAGAGGAAGUGCCGCUAAUGGACGAGUUUCGCGGACUCGAUGAAUUUGCUGUGGUUCAUCAGCCGUGGACAAAGAGGCUUUCCCUAAAUGAUGAUAAAGGAGUGGAUUUCACUCUGCUUUCCUACGAUUGUUUCCAUAUGAGCCAGAAGGGCCAUGCUCGGGCAGCCGCAGCUCUGUGGAACAACAUGCUCGAGCCACCCGGCAAGAAACGAUUAAAUUGGGACCCCCCUUACGUCAACUUCCGAUGCCCUUCGCAGCAAAACCCAUAUUUCUACACCUACGACAACAGCUAGCAGCAACGAACCAAAUUACGUUAUACAAAGUGCAAACAGCUAACAUAAAAAGAAAAAUGUUAUUCAUUCAUCCAUUGGCAAAGUGAUAAUUAUGCAAUGGCAGAGGAUCGAUAAAUAGCGCUGAAUAAUAACAACGAUAAUAAAGAUGAUACCGGUGGUAUGCCAACCAGACA